AUGGCGGCGCCCGAGGUGGCGGCGGCGCUCGGGAGCGGCCCCGGGCCGAGCGGAGCGGAGCUGCCCGAGCCGCUGGGGCUGCUGGAGCUCUGCGGGGCCUGCAGGCAGCGGCUGAGCCCGCAGCGGAAACCGAGACUGCUGCCGUGCCUGCACUCCGUGUGCCGGGGCUGCAUCGGCAGCGAGCCUGGGGACAAGAACGGUGAGGGGAUACUGGGAUGCCCCGUGUGCCACCAGCAGUGUCCCCUGGGUGACAUCAUGGACAGCCUGUUCCUGCAGCCCAGCGCCAGCAGCCCGCUAAUUAACCCUGGUGGUUAAUGAACUGUUCCUUGUCCCCAGAGCUGCACCAGCUGCGAGGACAACGCCAGCGCCACCAGCUUCUGCUUGGAGUGCUCGGAGCCGCUGUGUGCCACCUGUGGGGCUCACCUGAGGGUCAGGUACAGCCGGGAGCACCGACGUGUGACCGAGGGCCGCCGGCAGCGUUUGGAGCGGCAGCGCCGGGAGCUGAGCCGGCUGCGGCGGCUGCAGGAGCGCGCGCUGCGCUUCGGGAAACGGGCCCUGCACGGGCGGCACGGCAGCGCCCUGCUGCUGUCCCGGAGGCUGGUGCAGGCCCAGCUGCUCGGGGCCCUGGGGGUGCCCCUGGAGCCCCCCGAGCCUCAGGGGGAGCUGAAAUUCCAAUGGGACCGGCAGGGAUGGACACGGAGCGCCCGGAGCUUCGGUGCCAUCGUCUCGGAGCCGCCCCUCCCCCCCUCGCGGAGCCCCCCCCGCGGCCCCUCCCCCACCAAGCAGCCCCCUGUGAUCGUCCCCAAUGUCCCCAACCCCUCCUCAAUGUCCCCACAGGUACCUGGGUACCUUGGUGACAUUCUGGGGUGCCACCCCCUGAUGUCCCCUCCCUGUGGUGUCCCCGCGCCCCCGGUGGCCCCGGAGCUGCUCCUGCAGGGCCCCCCCCAGAUGUCACCUCCCCCCCGGAUGUCACCUCCCCCCCAGGUGUCACCUCCCCCCCUGGAGCCCGCGGCCACCCCCAGCCCACAGCGCGCCACCAGCCCUGAGGACGGCGUCACCGGUCCCCACAGGAGGGUCCCCGGCCGUUCCCCCCGGGAGGAGAAGCUCGUUAAGAAGCUGCUCGUUAAACGGAGGGGCCCCCCCUCGGUCAGGGGCCCUGUGCUCCCCAAGCAGCCCCGGGUGAGCCUGGAGCGCCUGGAGCUGGACCCGGAGCUGGACCCGGCGCAGCCGCCCGUGUUCCGCGUCUUCCCCGGGCCCUCGGCGCGCGAGUUCAGCCUCAUCGUCAUCGGGCAGGGCACGCCGGGGACAGCGGGGACCGCGGGGACAGCUGGCACUGAGGGGACACAGGGGACACAAGGGACGGCGGGGACGGUGCAGCCGCACGGAGCGCUGCUGGUCAAGGUGAGCGACACCUGUGUCCCCUCCCCUGUGUCCCCUCCCCCCCCAG